UCGACCAUCGUCAUCGUCAGAUUCUAGGAGUGACCGGGGCUUCGGUAGGCAAUCGACCUCGAGUGAUCCGCUUGAGUCGAAAAUGGCGGAGAUUGGGAAGAGUGUGGCAGCAGUCUGUCAGUUCGUCGAGACCGAGCAACAGAAGAAGGCGGCCAAAGAACGAAAAAAGGUGGAGAAGAAGGAGGCGGAGGAACGUGUUGAGGUUGAACGGCAGGAGUUGGAACAAAAGUGUAAGAAGGAGGAGAAGGUGCGGCGAGAAGCUGAGAAGUUUGAGGAGGUUAACAAACAUUUGGACAUCAAGGUGGCACUUCGAGUUGGGGAGCUACGGGAGGAUGUACGCCUGGAGAUUAGGGAGGCGAUUAACGACUUGUGUUGUGCUGUCGCACGAGGCAAGCAGAAAGUUAACCCGUUUUCGGGACCUGGACACGAAAGCAGUGCGAGCAGCAGUGAUACUGAGGAGUUAAGCGAAAGUGCGCGUAACUUGAGCAUCUCGGAGAAGAGGAAGCGCGAACCCGAGCCGGUGUUUGAUGAUAGUCUGCCGAUGGAACAGCCUCUGAAGCAUACUCCCACAAGUCUGAUAAACCGGUCAAGUUGACCGAGCGCCUUACGCGUUCUAAGGCGAGGAGACAUGGGACUACUCCUACACUGAAGAAGACCUCACCGUCGAUUCGGAAGAAGGCAGCAACACUUGGAGUGAUCAACCGUUUGAAGUUUGAGAAGAAGAUAAUGAAUGAUCUUAAGGGCU